AUGAGGUUCCAGAACCAGCAAUCCGAGGAAGGCAUCCAAGCCAUCCAUGUUGAGGAGAUUGAGCCUUCAAAUAGAGGAAGAACCAAUCUCCACCUCUACCACUCCACCAUUUUCGAACCACAGAGAGAGCUAUUCACCCCAAUGCCACCCAGACGUCGCCGCAACAGUGACACAGCUGAUGCACCAGAGAAGAAGCUCACCCUCUUCGCCCUCCGCCUCGCCAUCCUGGAGAAGGCGGCCAGCAGACUUGGUGCGCUGGCAUUCAUCUGGGCCACUGUCAUCCUCCUUGGUGGGUUUGCCAUGACUCUUGUGAGCACUGACUUCUGGUUUGUCACCAUAAUUCUCCUCAGUGAAAGCACCAGAAUUUUCAGCCGGAGUCAUGAGCUCGAGUGGCAGCACCAGGCGAUGUGCUCCCUUGCAGAGUCUGGGCGCCGGAGCUUCCGCAUGCUCAAGUCCAAGUCUAAUUUCAUCCUCAGCAUACUGAGAGGCAUUCUCCAGCCAUCAUCGAUCAAGCAAUUACAAGGCAACCAUGACCCGCAGCUGACUGAUGACAAUCACAAUCAGAAGGUUUGGGAGUACCAACAACAGAUUGCUCAGUCCAUGAGGACCUGGCUGUCUCCGGAUGUCCCCCUUGUCCCUCAUGCUGGCUGGGUGUUUGUGUCAAGAAACACCAUCAGGAUUCUCUACUGGCUCCAGCUGUUCUCGGCCACUGCCUGCGUGGUACUGUCGUUGAUGCGGCUCAUCAGCCAGGACUAUGGCAAGGCAGCAGGCCAGGACGAGGUCAAAGGUCAGCAGAAGUCAUCACUGAACAUAUUCUAUGGGCUCGUGCUGGCCGAGGCCUUCACCUUCCUCAUGGAGAAGGCCUACUUGUUCUGGAAGAUCUCCUGCUGCAAUCUACUGGAAGAUGUAAGUGAAAAAUGUAAGCUGGGCCCGCGCGGGAUUGUGUCGAUCAGGCGAUUUUUCUAUGACACAUACUCAAAAUGCAUCCAAGGGAGCAUUUUUGAUGGCCUCAAGAUGGACCUCAUCUCCUAUGGUGCGGAGCUCUUGGUUGCCAAUUCUGGUGACGAGCAGCUCAUUGGAGCUUGGACACUGAAGAGCUUGGUGACAGGUGAACAGUCCUCAACCGAGACACUAAGGAAGAUCGGAACUUCUGCAGCAGUGAUGGAGAGGCUCGUUGAAAUGCUGAAUUGGAAGGACCAUGCUGAACAAGACAUCAGGAACUGUGCAGCGGAGAUCCUGUCUAAGCUCACAGAGAAGAAGCAGAAUGGACUUCGAGUAGCAGCAAUUCCUGGUGCCAUUGAGUCUAUAGGGUCCUUGUUAUAUACUGGAAGGAACUCUGUUUCCAGACCCGACCAGAUUUCACCAAAAAAAGUAAUUGCUGAUGAAGCAAACUAUGAUUUCUUAGCCUUCAAUCUGCAUGGUCUCACAAUUCUUAUGAAUCUUGCUCAUGAUCAUGACAACUGCGAAAAGAUUGGGAGUGCCAAAACCCUCCUACCAAAGAUCAUCGACUUCACUGGUGCCGGUGAGAGCCUGCUAAGGAACAAGCAAGCCUCACAUACUCAAAUUGAAGCAGUGGAGAGGUCACUGGAAGUGGUGAGGAUGCUUGCGAUCACAACUGGAAGCACCGGAAAAUUGCUAAGGACGGAGAUCUCGGAGAUAGUAUUUACGGUGAGCAACAUCAGGGAGAUUUUGAGGUAUGGAAAGAACAAUAUGAAGCUGCAGAAGCUGGGCAUUGAGAUUCUAACUGGCCUGGCAAUGGACGAGACUGCGAGAGAGAAGAUUGGGAGCAGCGGCGGGAUUAUUAAGCUUCUGCUGUCUUUCUUCUUCAAUCCGGGAUUGACAGAGGAUUGGAAAGAGUUGAGCGUUGAAGCGGGAGAGGCAUUGGCGCUGCUGGCAUUGGAGAACGAGCAGAACUGCAAUAGGAUCUUGAAGGACUGGGAGGUAUUGAGCUGGCUUAUUGGCGAACUAGAUAAUCCCGUUCUUCGCAUAAAUGCUUCAAGGAUCCUUUACAACUUGUGUGCCUACAGUGGAGCUGAAUGCUUUGAUCGUCUCGAGGGAAUCACUGCUGCUAUGACUAUUGUACUAAAGGCAAUGAUGACUGGAAGAGAGAAAUUACUAGAAGUAUCAAUUGGGCUCAUCACACAGAUUUGCAAAUUCAUAAAUUUUGAGAAGUAUGUUAUGGAACUUGAAAAAGCUGAUCUUAAAGAGAUUGAUGUUGUGGAGAAGCUGGUAAAUGUAUUGAAAGAAUACGAGCAUGCAAAUGUUAGUGUUCCAAGAAUAAGGAAGUUCGUGAUUGAGCAUGCAAUUUGGAUGAUGAAAGCCAACAGAAAGUGUAUCCAUUUAUUUAGCAAUUUUGAGAUGGAGAAGGUGCUACAGCAUGUUGAAGAAACAAUAUCGGAGAUCGAAAGCUUCAAUAUUUUCUCUGGCACUGUUGGGCUAAGCCAUUGCAAUACGAGCUCAUCAAUUCUUAUACGUACAGCAUUGCAGCUCAUAACUGAAGGCUAAG